CCAGACUCUAAUUCAUCUCCUGCCCAAGUGGUUUACAGUGGGAUAUCACUGCCAGAUGAACGCUUUAUUAGAGCUGCUGUAAAAGUUACUAGAGCCAAACAGCACCCAGGGAAGAGAUGGCACCUCCCAUCUUUACGCAGAAAGAUGCUUUGAAAAUGCAAGCUGUGCAUUAUCCCCGCAGCAUCCUCUGCAAUGAGGGGCACUCUCAGACCCACCCCAGUACUGCCUGUGCCCCAGGGAGAGCUGGGCUGUACCCUCUCCUGUGACACCUCGUUCCUCUCUGCGCUGAGCUCACCUGAGACUGCAAACAGCAAGUGUCUUAUCUCCGUGUGCAAGGCUCAAAACCCAUCAGCACGAGUAAGAACUGGGUGUUACAUCCCCCGUGUAUCUAAGAGUGUGUUUCAGUCAUCCUGACUGAUGUCAGGGAUACUUCAGCCUGUUAGUCAGUAUGCAGAUGUAUUCACUCCCACCCAUUCCUGCUUAUAAAUGAGUCAGGCAAUCAAGAAACAAAUUAGCAAGCAAAAGGGAAAAUGCUUCUAUUUUUUCUUUCCCUAACCCUGCUUAGGGAAGAUCCUGGUUGCAUCACCUGCCAGCAAAUAACCAGGGGGCAUUUACCUACCCUGGGUACAGACUGGGGCUGGGUGAGGGUCUUUUCUGCUCUGGUAGCAUUUGGUUUUGGUAAGAACUAGUGCUUACAGCCAGUCUCAAGUCAAAUGAAAGGGUUGAGUUAUCCCCCCAUCACUCAUGGUGAGGCAGGAGGACCAGAGGCAUUGCCUGAGCUGUGGAUGACAGUUGUCCCCCACCCUUGGCUGCUCUCUACGUCCCUGACUCAGAGUUUAGCUCCCUGGGUGUUCUGGAAAGGUUUCCACUGUUGCAGAGGCUUGGCUGGGUCUCCUGGGCUGCAUCUCCUCCCAGCUUCAGAAACAGCCCCUUGGAGCUAGCCGUGCUUGACAGAGGAGCACAGAAAUCACUGCAAUGAAGUCUGGAGAACCAGGAUGGGGGAAGCACCCAGGCACCCUGACCUGCAGGGUACCUGCUGGUGCACGGGCAUCUGGAUACUCCAUGCUGCUCCUGCCCUUGCUGGGGCUCCUGGGCAUGCCUGUGGCUCGUGGUGAGUACAGGAGCAUGGGAUGUAUGGGGAGGACCAGUGAGACCUGUCUGGAUCCCACCUUGCUGCUUGGGGCUGGGGUGGGUGAUGCCACCACCAUCCCCAAGCCUGGGGGGACCCAUUGCUUGAUGCUCUCAUGGAUGCAGUCCUGCCUGGCACCUUUGCCUGCAGAAGAAGCCUGGGCCAGCCCAGGAGCUGGGAUGCUCAGUGGGGCUGGGGAAGGGGCCAGGGAAUGGAGGCCUCACCCAAAGUGGUCUUCUCUUACCACAGGUGACUGUGGGCCCCCACCUCCCAUGACCUACUCCAGGCCAUCCGUUGAUAAGCACACCAUCAGCUUUCCUAUUGGAUCCAGCGUGAUGUACACGUGCAUCGAAGGCACCAUCAAAAUCCCUGGGAGAUCAGACAUGGUGAAGUGCCUGCCUGGCGCACGCUGGUCCACGCUGCCCGAGCCCUGCGGCCGGAGCUGCGCUGCCCCGACAAGGCUGAGGUUCGCUGCCCUCUCCAAGGUGGAUGAGAGGAUUAACUUCUUUCCUGUUGGGAGCAAUGUGAGCUACGUCUGCCGCCCCGGCUAUGAGAACACCUCGGAAAGCUCCCCCACCAGCACUUGCCUUGAAAACCUGGAGUGGUCAGAAGCGGCUGAGCUGUGCAGGAGGAAAGCCUGCGGGGACCCAGAAGCGCUGCCCGGGGGCAGGUUGGUCACACUGACAGACCUGCAGUUCGGUGCCAGAGUGAACGUGUUCUGUGAGGACGGGUACAGAUUAAACGGGAGUCAUUUCAUCCAGUGUCAGCUUAAAGGAAAUGAUGUUGCAUGGAGUACACUUCCAACUUGUGAAUUAAUUACCUGCUCUUCACCUCCUCACAUUAGCAACGGAAAACAUGACGGUGAAGGUGUAAAAACCUUUGCUUAUAACUCCACCGUGACUUACAGCUGUGACUCUGGCUUCCAGCUCGUUGGGAAUGGGAGCAUCCGCUGUACCAGUAUGGACAAAACAAAGGGAGUCUGGAGCAGAGCUGUGCCUGCGUGCAAAGAGAAAAAGCUACCUGUCAAACUUGGAGUAAAACAAAUGGAAAGGAGUCCUCCUCCCCAAAGUUCCCAACAAAAAGCCAUCCACCCAGCUAAGAAGAAGGCUUCGAAAUGGGAAAUGAAGCUCAGCCUUUAUAAAAAGUCACUCCAAAAUACCAUCUCUUACUCCCAUUCUUCUUCUUUCUCCAAGACACCAGUGUCCAGGAGCUGUGCUACCUCCCCAUUGAGAUUCGUUGUUCCUUUGUACAAAACCAAACCCUACCAUUCUCCUUGGACCAGCCAAGGAUCCAUGUGUCCUCCGAAGUACAUGGGCAUCUCUGGCAUCCUCCCGCAAGCUGGCUGCUUUGAGAACUUAAAACGGUCUCAAGUUGCAUCAUUUUGUGGAACGAGGUCAUGGGCAGCCCGGAGAAGCUGGAGGUGGCAGAAGUGUUGCUACAACAGAUUUCCUAUCCGGUGCAAAGGAUUCUUGUACCCAUAAAAAGGCGAUUUCCAGCAACGUCCUGAAUGCAGUCAGGAUUACCUAUGGAUCUUCUCAGCCUUUCCUUCAGGCUGGGAAGCUGCAGAUCCUCAGGAAGCCCCCAGCCCUCUGCAGAGGUUCUGGUGGAGCUCGGUUAUUUCUCAGCCAGUCCAACUCAGUGUUUCCGCACCUGCAGAUCUCCUUGCUCGCAGGCAGCACCACACAUACCAGUGCACAGGAGAGGCUGUAAAAGACCCACAGCGAUCAGUCAAGAUGAGCUGCUCCCUUCACUGCCCAGGAAUUCCUGGCUGCAGCACGCUCCAGUUGCAGAUACACCCAGGCAGGGUUGUGCUGAAAGCCAAAUACUGACUUCCCCCACUGCAAAGUUAGGAGCUCAUUCCUGUUAGGAAACCACAGUAUUUUAGAUGCUAAAUCGGAUGUUGAUCUGUGUACCUUCCGUACUUCAAGCACUUUCUUUAGCUAAAGUGUUUUCUGUCUCAGACCCAAGUGCUCUGCAGUUUCUGUCUCUGUUCAGACACGAACAAUAACAGCCACUGGGUACCCACCAGCCAUGAAGAAGCCAAUUCUGCUUUCCCGAGGGAGGAAGGCCCCUCUGCAACGCUGCAGGCUGUGAGCACAUGGACUCCUCCCAGACACAGAGAAGGAACUGCUAAAUACACCCUCCUGUGUGGUCACACUGCAAGAGAGAACCUGGAAAUGGCAGGGUUAUGCUGCUGGCUGGCUACUGUCUUUGCUCUACACUGAACAUUAAAGCUCCCAAAGUCUUAAUGGGAUUUCACUUGCAUUUAGUAAUAAAUGGUAAUUGCUUAUAAAGGGUAGCCUGUGAAUUCAGCUGCCUGCUCUUCCCUUUCCAUAGCUGAUGCUGUUUUCAGGAAGGUAUCAGCUUUUAGAUACGUGUUGGCAAUGUUCAGAUUUGGGGUUCUUUAUCAGCACUCUUGUUUCUUUUCUAAAUGGCCUCAUAUGAAAAUUUAACUUGGUUUCUUCAGAAAAAGAAAGAAAAUGCACGCAGGAAUGUUUGGGAAUGUGAGUGUUUCUGGUAAGUGAUGUUACCAGUAAGGCUCACCUGCCUUAAUCCUGCUCAGUGUCCUGGUCCUGAGCUGUGGCUCCCCAGCUCAGCCCGGGCAGACCCAGGGACAUCCUCAGGAAGGCUCUGGGAGCUGCGAGCUGCUGCCCUGCCCAAGGAUGGAAAGGAGCCGAGGUCUGUGGAAAACCAAGAGCAGCUCCAGCAGCUCAGCCCUGGUUUGCUGGAAAGCUCGUGCUGUUCCAGGUCCAAGCCUCGCAGCGUGAGCACACACAGAGCAGCGUGGGUCAGGCUCCCCUCUGUGCUGUCGCUUCUGCCAUCACCAUCUGCUUGGCCUGAUUUCUGCAGCAUGGGGAAGGGAUGUCAGGGCAAGAUAAAGCCAGUGGCUCUUGCUGGCUCCAGCUGAGCAGGGCAGAGCCGCUAUCGCAGGGCUCAGCUGCUGGGGCAGCUCCAGAGCAGGAGGUUUCGGUGCUCGGGCUGUUACUGGGUUAAAAUGGGGCAGUAAACGGGGGCAGGGGGACGGGCUGAGCUGGGCCUGAUGGUUUGGGCAGGUAGAGAUGCUCCUGCAUGGCCUCAGGUAGGAAAACAGCCUGGUUCAAGGGGCUCAUCUGAGCUCUGUUGAGGGGAUUUCACUGGGUUGAACCUCGAGCACUUGGCUCUUCUGAGCACGUAAGAACCCAGCCACUCCCUGAAACCCAAGUGUUGCAAGAGCUCUUUGCCAAAUACUUGUGCACAUCUUGCUCUCCCUUGCUGAGGUCAUUGCUGACAGCUCUUACAAGAGAAUUCCCCUACAUUUAACACCUCCUUUUUCCUCUUAGCAACCUCCUGUUGUAUUGUGCAGCCACCAUCCCAGCUCAGUGACCAGU